AUGGCUUUCGCUUGGAAAGCUGCCGGAAUCACCUACAACCGAUAUCUUUCAAUUGCAGCACGAGUGGUCCGACGCUCACUCAAGGAGGGCCCCCGGUUACAAGCUGAGAGACGAGGAGAGAUGGAAUUGAGAUUCGCAAAAUGGACGAACGGCAAACAAGGAGAAAAUAAAAACUUGGGCGAGGCCAACGCAGCGGCUGCACAGGAGCUGGCAUCACAAGAAGCUAAAUGA